AUUAACAAAUCAAAGAUCAAAAUUUUUUUUUCUUGUUCUUGUAAUGCUAAUCACAUAUACUAAUUCUGUCAGUCGUAGUAAUAUUUCAACCCCAUCAACAGAGACUCACGUCGCCACCUGCUCUUUGUCUGUUUACUCUUGGUUUCAACGAUUCCUUUGCGAGAAGAAAUGUUGAGUAACUGUGAGAAGAUGGUUGUCAUCUCUUCAACUACGAACGAAUGGCCACAGAAUUAUAUAGAUGAGAAAGACUUGAUGGCGUCAACAGAUGGGCUUAUGGAGAAACCAAGACAAGAACACCAACCGCAACAACAGCAACAGCAGCAGCAACAAGCCCUAAAGUGUCCUCGCUGUGAUUCAUCAAACACUAAGUUCUGCUACUACAACAACUACAGUUUAUCACAGCCAAGACACUUUUGCAAGGCUUGUAAGCGUUAUUGGACUAAAGGUGGCACUCUAAGGAAUGUUCCUGUCGGUGGUGGUUGUAGGAAGAACAAGCGUGUCAAGAGGCCUGCUUCAGCCACUGGUGGAGCUUCUCCAACUUCUGUUGCAAAUCCUAACCCCCCAUCUCAACCUCAAAUUCAUGUCUCUUCAACCUCAUGUCAUCGUAUUAAUCCUUUGUUUUAUGGGUUAGCUAAUAAUCCUUCUGAUAUGAAUCUUCCAUUUCCUCGGUUUAAUUCAACAGUUUCAGAUGUGGAAACUGUCACAGGCUAUGAUCUCCAGCCUCAGCUGAAUGCUCUUGGCUUAGGGUUUUCUUCUGGGAUUGUGUCAAGUGAUACCGGGGAUAGUGAUUAUAGAAAUGGUUUUAAUGCUAACCCGACUAAGCAAAUCCAGGAUGUCGUCACUUCAAAUCCACUCCUUUCAAGCUAUUCCAAUACCUUUGGAUCCUCAUCUUCUAGUACCACCAUUACACCAACCAUCGCUUCUUUGUUAGCUUCUACCUCUCACCAACACAAAUUCAUGAAUGGUGGUGUCAAAAAUACUCGAGCGCUUAACCAUUUCCAAACUUUAGCACCUUUUCAAGAUCUUCAGUUGACAGGUAAUAGUGAAAAUGGGCUAACGAUGGAAGAUGUCAAAGUUGAAGAGGUACAAAGCAGAAUGGAAUGGGAUGUACCAUGCCAGAACCGGCUCGAACAAAUUGGUUUAUCUGAUCCUGCUGUUUAUUGGAAUGCAACAAGCGUCGGUGCCUGGCAUGAUCCGGCUAACAUUGGAUCCUCAGUCACUUCUCUGAUCUAGCAAAACUAGACUUCAUAUUCUUCAAAUUGUCUCCCUCUUUCUUUUCUUUGGUCUUUUUUUCCUUUUAGUUACUUAGUUUCCGUUUAUUUCUAUUGUCGGUAGUGGAUUCUAUAAUGGGGUGGGAUUGAGAAGAAGCAAAAAAAAAAAAAAAAAAAAAGAUCCUUAAUAAAUUAAAGUUGAGUAUUGAAGCAUAGAAGGGAGAAGAUUGGAUCGGAGCGAUCCUGUCAGUUGCAAGAAUUCAGCCUAAAGUUUUAUUGUCAAGGUUGAGAGUCCCUAUUUGCGCUGAGAGGAACCUCGGAUCCUCUUCAUCUCAUCGCUGAAGGUAUCAUCUUCUUCAUCAGUCAUGAUCACCAUCUGAAGCUGUGUUCAAGAGAAAGCCUUAGCUCCUUUUGCUGCAACUUUUUUAGUCCAGUAAGUUUGGCUUUCUAUUCCGUAUGUAUAUAUUGCAUGGCAUGUUCUUUUAAUUUUUCCCUAAUGUAUUGUUAUUAUUAGCUGCGUUUUGGGGGUAUAUGUUGAAGUCCUCAUAAAAGAUCAGAUGAGGAACUAAUUGUUUUUUUCCCAUUUUUAUUUUUUUACAUUGUUUUUCAUUUUGUGGUUUUGGGGGGUUGGGUAAAAUUUUAAUGGUAUAGAAGAGAGGGAGAUUUGUACCUGCAAACUGCAAUGUGCGCACUUAUUUACUGUGGUUGGUCUGUUUUUGAAUUAUUUCUUGUUCUUGGUUUGAGUGUUAUGUGAACUUUGGCUGCCCUUUCAAAUGAAGAAAACUUUCAUGACAUCUUUAGACCUUAAAGCUGCAGAGCCAAUGCUGAUAUCAAUAGAUUAGGAUAGUAUAUUCUACUACUAUACGAUGUCUUAUACUGUAUAAGUAAUGUAUGCAUAUACGCAUAGUAUGUAUCAAUGCCAGUCUUUUUUUCCAAGUUGGGACCUGAUGGAUCAGUGAAGCCAAACUAGGAAUAGAUUGGAUAUUUGUAUUUUAAAGGGAUUGGAUUUUAGUAGGGUGGCUUUAGUGCAUGCGCUGUUCAUUCGCUGCUGGUUUAGAUUAGAAGUGUACAUUCGAGGGGAGUAAAGUCGAAUGAAAGAGAGAGAGCUACAGACAUUGAGAAACAGUUGAGUUAUGGCAGGGAUUAUUAGAUGAGAGAGCAAAUAACACUUGGAUUUUAGCAGGUUGGCUGCAUCCAACGAAUACACCAAUUCCCUUACCACUUUCUCUCUCGGUGUCUGUGUGUUGUUUGACUGCAUGUGUUUCUGUGAAUUUGUGUUAAGAAUAGAAAGGGAAAGAUCAGAGCAUC